AUGGGCCCGAAGCGUACAAUUGGUGGCAGCGUUAAUGUCGAUGAUGAUUUUGAGGCUUGGGGGGACAAAAUGGAGCGGUUCCUGCGAUACGAAGAACCAGGAUCUCGAUCACACAUGGUGAUGGGAAACCUGGCUGUCCCUGCCAGGCGGAUUGCCAUAAUGCCUGGCUGCUCCGACGACACUCCGUAUGAACAGUUACUUGAAAAGUUAUCUACGCUGUUCGCGGAGGACGCCGAGAGCAUCUUGCAGAAACUUGUUAGUCGACGAUAUCGGUCUGGUGAACGUGUCGUUGACUAUAUGGCCGAAAUUCAUGAUCUGGUCCAAAGGACUUACCCAGGUUCGAUGCUUAGCGAAUCUAUAUUAACGCACUUGCUAUUCUGUACACACACUUUUCGUCAAGUCCUCGAAUAA